AUUUGGGAUUGUUUAAUAGCUUGGAAAAUAUUUAAUAUGUCAGGAAAGAAAAAUAAAAAGAUUUGGAUUAGUUGUGUAUUUUUUUUUUAAUAGUUGUGGAUCUGAGAUGUGUUUUGCUCCUCCAUGUGAGUUUAAAGGAUUAUCGAACAUGACUAUGGUUUGUUAUUUAAUUGUUUAUUAAUUGAUUCACUGCUAUGUCGCGUGAAUGUUCGGUCAAGCACGUUGCUUUUUUUUUGAGCCUCUGGCAUGUAACGUGUUUGCACUUCUUUUUUAUUACACCUCAUUUCUAUUGAUCAGACACGACUUGUUCUCUCUCUCUCUCUACAUACAUUGAUAGAACAAUCUGUUUUGCUACAGGUGUAAUUUUUUCAUAAGAUGGUGAAGGCUAGAAGGGCUAGACGCAGGGUUUCUACUCGACGGAUCAGAGCGAGACCAUACAAGUUCGCAUCUUCAUCAAAGCGAGUUGUGAGGAGGAGCGUGUUCGCAAACACAUGUCCCAAGGCAAUGGAGGAGAAUGAUUGGGCGGACGCUGUGUGUUCCGUCUGUAUGGAGUGUCCACACAACGCUGUGCUUCUCCUCUGUUCGUCUCACGACAAGGGUUGCCGUCCCUACAUGUGCGGAACUAGCUUCCGUUACUCCAAUUGCUUAGAUCAGUACAAGAAGGCGUCUGCUAAGCUAACGCCGUCGCAUCAGCAAGUGGUUAACAGUAAGCGUGAGGUUGAGAAUCUGAAGUGUCCGCUUUGUAGGGGGCAGGUGAAAGGGUGGACUGUUGUGAAGCCUGCGAGAGACGAUCUGAAUCUGAAGAAGAGGAGCUGUAUGCAGGAGGGUUGCUCCUUUUCUGGAGCCUUUAAGGAGCUGAGGAAACACAUGAAGAAAGACCACCCUUGCGCGCAGCCGCGUGAGGUGGAUCCAGAUGUGGAGCAGGAGUGGAGGAGGUUCGAGGUUGAGCAGGACCGUAACGAUGUGAUCAGCACGAUCAGGUCGACGAUGCCUGGAGCAACGGUGUUUGGGGAUUACGUGAUUGAGAGAGGUGCGUACGGUUCAGAUUCGGAGGAGGAGGAGGAUGAGGAGAGGGAGGAAGUAGGCAGGAUCGGUGCUGGGAUUGGUAGGAACCUAGUGAACGUUUUCCUUCUGCUGCAGGCUUUUGGGGGAUCAGAUCUCGCAUCUGACACAUCCCAUGGUCUAUCAUCAGAUGCAAAUGACUUAACGGUCAAUCAGAGCGAUGUGGACUCCUCUGAAGAUGAGGAGGAUGGAGCUAGAUCAUUCGCAAACCAGAUGAGGAGCCGGAGAAGGGUUCUCCUAGGGAGAUCAGCUAGUAGGAGAGGUAGAGAUAGAGAAGCUAACCAGAACUCAGACCAUUCUAGAUGAUACAAAUACUCUUUAAAAGGAAAAAUCUCUGUUGGGUUUGUGUAGAAGGUACAAAAUCUUAAUAUCCAUUUGCUUUCUUUGUUUUAAUUUUCGAAAAAAAAAUAAAGGGAAUGUAUUCUGAUGUACAAUUCUGGAUAGCAAUUUAUGUUGUUUAUAUUUUACUUCUGUGUCCUUCUGAAUUUAGUAGGAAGGCCUUGAAGACCAUUGUCUUCAUGGAUGAUGUUUUACUCAAACCCCUUUCUUUACUGUUUGUUGUCUGUAAAUUUGAUGUUCUCUUGUGUUAUGAAAACCUUUUGGCUUUGUCUAUUAAUAAUAAAGAUCUUUUAUACUA